UCUAAACAAAACACUAAAAUUUAGUCACUAAAAUGAAAUAGAACGCGAGCGAAGAAACAAACUCAAUGAGAACUGCUUCAUCCGUACAAUCGAGUGGCUUCGAGAUUGAAAAAUCUAUCAAUCAUUAUGUACAGAGCUGCAUCUUCUCGCCUUACAUCUCUCAAGCUUAGUUUCAUGUCGUUUUUAAUUCAGUGUCGUUUUAUCGCCAUAUCGCGCAUUUGAUACAAUUUUUAUUGAUUAGUAGUAUUGUUUUUUCCUGUUGAGUCCACGAUUAAGCGAUUCCUUGGCUGAUAGAUUUGUUAACUUCAUUGAAUAGUUUAAUUUUGAUUCGAUUUGUAUGAUUUUUCUAGUUUAAAUGUUGCUUAGUUUGGCUGUUGUAUAUUAGUAUAUUAUGCAGUGUUUUGGAAGUGGUAUAGCAAGUCUUAUUGUAUUGUAUUUACUUUUGAUUCAAUUGUUACCGUUUGAAGAUCAUAGGUGCUAGCAAUCGUUGCUUUCGACUUUAAGAAACCGAUAAACCUUCAAGAAUGGAGUCUUUUGAUCCAAGGUUUCGUCUAUAUAUUACUGGGUAUCACUAUCGAUUCUUCAAACAGCAAGUAGAAUUCGUGCAAUUCAUCAAUUUGCUUUUGUCUUGCAGCUAUGAUUUUAGUUGCUAUCAUCUACUAUUUCUCACAUACCAUCCCUGCACUCACAUGGAUAAUAUAUUGUGUAGUGGCACCUACUGUUUUAGCUGCUCAAAUUGAUCCACUUUUGUUUGAAGCUCUUUAUGCAUCCCAGCAUGCAAUCUUUCUCUUUGCCAGAAUUCCCCAGAUAUUGAAAAAUUUCUCUAACAAGAGUACCGGGCAGCUCAGCUUCUUAUCCUGUUUGAUGAAUUUUGCGGGCUCUAUAGUGAGAGUUUUUACCAGUGUUAUUUUGGGGUCUGCUAUCGGUGUCAUGGCGCAUGGCAACACACAAGCUUGUGUUUUGAACGUCGCUGUUCGAGGCGUUGAGAUGCACAGCACAUUAGUCGGUGUGCCGAUGAAGACCUGGCAGGGUGGCUCAGGCUCUGUACAAGGAGUAACAUUCUCAAACAUUCAAGUUUCUGGAGUUGAAACUCCAGUAAUAUGAUUGAUCAAUUCAACUGUGAUGGCGGCAACCGAAAUGAAUCUUCAGCCGUUGCUAUAUCAGGCAUAAGCUAUGUAAAUAUAAAAGGCACUUACACAAGAAGUCCUCUGCACCUAGCUUGCAGUGACGACUUGCCAUACAUUGGUGUCUCUCCGGAUACAAUAGAGCUUGAAUCGGCUGGUGAAGACAGCCAACCAUUCUGCUGGAACACACACGGAGGUCUGAGAGGCACAACUGUUCCCUCAGUAAACUGCUUGCAAACUGGCGAAUCAAGAAAGUCCGAUGUACAUAAUUGCUGAGCUAUAGCAUAGGUACGCAUACGAAUAUAGAAUCAGAAAAUGGUAUAGUUUGUAAAACUACAAAGACAGCCAAUGGCAAAAAAUUCAGUUAUAUAUAUAUAUAUAUAUAUAUAUAUAUAUAUAUAUAUAUAUAUAUAUAUAUAUGCUUAUUAAGUGAACUCUUUGGUAACUGUAUUUACGUGAGGAUACCAUAAAAUCAGACUCUAUCACAAUUAUGUAAAGAUAGAAGGAAAAUAAAGUAGAAAAAUCAGUUUCAGCUUGAA